AUGUACGGCUUGUUUGCUUCUUUUGGGGACGCGCAUCUCGCCACGAGCGGCGAUGGCCAUGCAGGAACCACAACUUCGACCACCACAGCAGCGGAGCGCAAGGAGGACUGGAAGUGCGUUGCGUGCGACGACCACCAAUUCGCACGCAACACGCACUGCCGACGAUGCGGCCGAGCCCGGCCGACCGUUGCCGCCACGCGCGCCUAUCUCGCCAGGCGCAAGGCCGCCGAACAGCACCAGCCGCUGCGCGACUGGGCGUGCGUGUCGUGCGACGACAUCCAAACCGCACGCAACGCGCGGUGUCGACGCUGCGGCGCUGCCAAGCCCUCGGCCGACGUCGAGCAGCGCUACAUGGCCCAGAAGCGCGCCCAGGCCGAGGCCACGGUGCUCGACGCCCAGCGGCGCAAGGAGGAGGCCGCGGCCCGCCGGCGGCGCGAAGCCGAGGCCUUUGCCGCGCACCUGCGGCGGCUCUCGGCGCCCGGCUGGGCCGAGCUGCGGCUGCUCUUCGUCGGCGCCCACGACGAGGCCAGCCCGCUAUCGUGGCUGCCCAUGGAGAUGGUGGUGGCCAUCGCCCGGUGGUCCCUGGCCGUGCCCGAGUGCUGGGCCUCGACCAGGCUGGCCUGGUUCAAGGCCACAGCCAGGGCCGACCCGGCGGGCAAGGCCACCGCGACACUCAGCAGCGGCCACGAGCUCGAGUACGACAAGACGGCGGCGCCGAACAAAAAGUUCACCGUCUACUACUGGCGGGAGGAGGAGCGGCGCACGAGGGACGUGCAGGAACACUGGAGCGAGGGCAUGUUCCUCGCCAAAGCCAGCUACGACCCACACUGGCAUGCAUGGGUCGAGUCUGGAAUGUCUGUUACACCUGGCCACGACGGGCUAUGA